UCUCCGGUCCCACCACUUCCUCCAUAGCUCUCACACUUGCUCUUUCAUUCUCAUCGGAUAUGCAGUGUCUCACCAUCACAUGACAAUCGCACUUGAGAGAUGCUUUGAUUUCAAUACUUUGGACCACUAGUCAGCUGCAUGCACCUCCACAGCGAUGUCAUCUCUACUUUCUCACAACAAAGAUCAGCCACACAUUAAAAAGACGCUUUCUGACUCUGCUCCAACUUCAUCCACUGCCACCAGCAGGAGCCUGAGGCAUGAGAGACUAUCUAGAUUGAGUUCCUCUGGAUCAUCCGAUGUUUCCAGCGACACAGCAACAAAUCAUGCUGAAUCCUACUUCCUACGGAGAGAGAACCGACUGUCUGCGAGGAAAAAGGCAGAGGAAGAGACACAAAAUGACUAUAAAAAGAUGUAUGAAAAGGCUCUAAGCAGCAAUCAGAGGCUCAAAUCCAGGCUGGAAACCAGUAAACAGGAGCUUGUCAUGAUUCAGGACCAGCUGCAGAGAGCUCAGAAGGGAAAUCUAAGAGACUGCGGCUCCACCAUGCUCGAGGCAGAAAAAAAGGAAAAUGUGAAUCUUAAAAAGGAGAUAACAGAUAUGGAAGAGCAGUUGAAGGUUAAAGCGGAGCUGAAGAUGGAGAACCAGAGACUGAAGGAUGAAAAUGGAGCUUUAAUCCGUGUCAUCACCAAACUGUCCAAGUGAGACAGAGAAGAGGCGAGAAUCAUACCAGAAGCCAAAUAUGUAUAUCAAUAUGUGAUUCAUCCUAUCCUCAAAAGAACGUUUGUCUGUAUUUGAGUCAUUCCUCAAUGUCUGUCCGGUGUUGUGUUUUUGUGAAUGACUGAGACAUGUUUAGAAAUCAUUGACUGUUGAAUAUUUAAUUAUGUACGGCAUUCCCUGACAGAAAAUACAUUAAAUGACAUUUUAUACUGUACAUUUCUACAGUAAGAAAAAG